AUGCAUUCAGGUCACAUACUAGUUAGGUCUGACACUCCAACCUCUGUCACUGAAGUGAACCUCUUUGAGGAUAUAUUCUCUGCUGCCUCAAGGAGGGAUGAAAAGCUGCAGAAAGCACCACCCAUUGUUGUUGCUUUAGCAGCAUUAAAGGAUCUUUAUAAUACUUUAUACUCAUCAAGGAACAACAAAAAAGGACAUAAAGUCAUAGAUAUAGAUUUAUUUCAGAGAGUAUGCAUGGAGGGAAUGCAGUCCCUAUUGGCUCUGUAUACAGACCUAAAAUCCUUGACUUAUAGAAAGUGGGCAGCUUUAUCACUUUGGAUUGCAGUUACUUUACUUUGUGGCAUGUACUGCACUUGGACUCUUCACAAAUUGGUUCAUAAAUAUAUGUCCAAUUACACUCUUCUCCUAAUAAAUUCAUAUAGAAAUUGGAAUGAAACUAUGCUUGUUAACAGAGACCUAGCUCAAGACAUUAAUUUAUAUCUUCAAGAGCUAGAAAAGGACAUUACAACAGUGAAGACUAUGCUAUUUUUGAUGCACUCUGAUAUAAAGGAGACACAUGAGAUAAUGAAGAAGAUAUCCUUGUGUACAGCACAAUGA